CGCGGCGGGCCCGGGGCGGCGGGGAAUCCCGGGCGCCGCCGCGUUAAACCCGAGGGCGCGCCCCGCGGGAGGCAGAGCCGGGGCGGCGGGCGGCGGGCGCGCAGCUCCGCUCCGUUCGCCGGUACCGUCUCCGCUGCGCGGUUCGCACGGCUCGGCCAGACACCAUGCCAGUGUCAAGGAUGCGCAUGAGGCCCUGGUUGGAAAUGCAGAUUAAUUCCAACCAAAUACCAGGACUCAUAUGGAUUAACAAGGACAAGAUGAUGUUUCAAAUCCCAUGGAAACACGCAGCUAAGCAUGGCUGGGACAUGGAGAAAGAUGCCUGCCUUUUCCGGAGCUGGGCCAUCCAUACAGGAAGAUAUAAAGUCGGUGAGAAAGACCCUGACCCGAAAACCUGGAAGGCAAACUUCCGCUGUGCUAUGAAUUCCCUGCCUGACAUCGAAGAAGUGAAGGAUAAAAGCAUCAACAAAGGCUCCAGUGCUGUCAGGGUGUACAGGAUGCUGCCGCCCUUGACAAAGGAUCAGAAGAAAGAAAGGAAGUCAAAGUCUUCAAGAGAAGCAAGAAACAGGAGCAAGAGAAAGUCGUAUGAAGACAUGAGGACGGAGGAGUCAGCAGAAAGUCUAACCAACACUCCUCUGCCAGAUGACCACAGUGGCUACACUGUUCACAACUACACGGGGCAGGAAGUGGAGGUUGAGAGCACAUCCAUCACUUUAGACCUCUCGCCGUGCGAGGUGAGCUGCUCCCUGACCGACUGGAAGGCACCGAUGGAAAUCCCCAUAGCUGACAGCACCAACGACCCCUACCAGCUCCAGGUGUCUCCUCUGGCUUCAUCCUCAGAAGCAGUCACAGAUGAAGAUGAAGAGGAAAUGAAUUCAGAUAUUUUUAAGCUGUUCGAACCGGCCCAGGACUGGCACACCACCAGCGUCGGGGGGAAAGGCUUUCUCACCAACGAGCCAGGCACACAGACCAUGUGCAACACCUACAGCUACAAGGAGCAGGAUGGGGAGAUCGACACGACCUCAGGAGAGCUGGAGUUCAGGUUCUUCGAGCAGAAAAGCAGCCUAGACUUCUCCUGGCUGGAGACAGUGAGACCAAACAUGCAAGUCAUUCCCUGUGGCUUGUAAACCCCUGGCUUCCUCUGACCACAAACUGUUCAGAAACUUUGACAAGCCUGAAGAGAAUGGAAGAAAUUGUGUGUUACUGACUGAACAAAGAAAGUAGCUUUUAUAUUCCAUUUAACUUUUAGGCCUGGAGAGGUUAGCGUGAACAACUCCAUCAUAAAUAAAAAAGAAAGGACUCCCAUCUCCCCAGCAGGACUCCUGGCACCGAGGACGCUCAGCACUUUGUCAUCGCUUCGGAGGUGAAGCUUUUGUGGGAAGGUUGACACUGUGCCGUGGGGUCUGACCUGGUGGGGUACCGCUGAGCGGCAUCGCGUGCCGGAGGCCUGGGGAGGAGGGUCCGUCCUCCCUGCGCGAGAUGCGAUGAGCACUUUACCCAAGGAGUGCUUAGAGACUGCGAAAAGACUUGACUCUUAGUUUUGGUUGCUGCUUACCUGUGCAACACUGGUGACAUCGAAUUUAACAACUAUCCAUUACACUUAGAAAAAUUGCACUAAUUGGCCCUUUUUUCUUUGAUUUAUGCCAACGCAUAGUUUUUCUUUCAGAUCUUUCAACUUUGAACUGUGUAAAAUAGUUUAGACCAGUAAAAUGUGAAAAUUCAGUUUAGGCUUUGCUUCCACAUCGCACAGUUACCCAGAUCCACCCAUAGGACGUUACCUGCUCGUAGGCGCGCCGUAUCUGUUUGCACAUUAUAGUUCAGGAGCUGCCGCAUGAAAACUGUUGCACUCUUAGGGGCAGAGCUAUUUAUACCAUGCCUUUCACCGAUCCCUUCCAGCACUCUACCGUGUGCAGCAAACUGUAACGCACCACAGACCCACCUUGGGCCAUCGAGGGAGGUGGGAAGAGGUCUUAGUUUGUAAUACUUAAAAAUCAAAUCACUAAGCUGCACUGUUUCAUUGUACAUUUUAUUUUUGUAUAUAAAGUGUUGUAUAUUUGUUUUAAUAAAAAUGUUUUAUAUAUGA